UAUCUCUCCAGAUACUGAUACGGAUUUGUUUGAGGUGGAGAUACGAACUUAGGAUCGAUAACAUUCUUAUUUAACUGUUACCUAUUGUAUUGUUCAGGAGAAUGACCUGUAUAGGUAUUUAUGGAAUCUAUCACAGCGACCGAUCGCGACUUCACAUGAGAAAAUCUGUUCGCCAUUUAAAACGAAAGUAAAAACAAAUGGAUGAAAGACGGCGACUUCUCCAGCGGACUCAAGCUCCGACGUCUCGGAGUAACGUUUGUCCAGGAGUUGACGAUACAACUGACAGACGAUCUAAACUUGGAAGAGCAGCGAUCUUGUUGACAGUAGUUUUCGAGAGAUGUGUGUUUUAUGGUCUGACUGGGAACCUUGUUUUGUAUUUUAAUUUGGACCCGUAUCAAUGGACGGCUUAUAACGCUUUGCUGGUUUCCUAUUUCUUCACUGGAAUCUCAUUCCUGACAUCCUUUGUCGGUGGUUUUCUGGGCGAUGCACUGUUCGGACGUUUUAAGACUUUAAUGUUGUCUUUCAUUAUUUACUGUGUAGGUUAUAUUUUCCUUCCAGUGCUCUCCUACAACGACUAUAAAAACUCAGAUAACAGGGACAACCAAACAUUCUCUGCAGUGUGCUGGCCAAUUAGUAAAACGACAAAUGGCACAGACGCUGAUUCUAUGCCAGCACCUUUCGAGGAGCCUUGCUCACUCACUGCAUACCUCGUAUUAUUUGUCAUUGCUGUAGGUACAGGGAUAUUCCGAGCAAACAUGCCUCCAUUUGGAGGAGACCAGACAAGAGGUGAAGGUCACACAACAUUUUUUAACUGGUACUACUGGUCAGUGAACAUUGGUACUCUCCUCGCCCUAUCGGUCAUCACCUGGGUCCAACAAACACAUUCCUUCUUUAUGGGCUUCCUUUUAGCAACCACCUGCCUUGGAGUGUCCUUCCUCAUAUUUAUGACAGGCUCAUGUUCCUACACAAAUCGGCCGAGGGUACGCACAGUGUUGCAGAAUAUAUUCAGCAUCAUCAAGGAAGCUGGGCAUAGAUGGCGACACCGAAAUUCCAAUGGUAGUUUGAGAGCUCACAGUGACAGAACUGGAGAGUCGUCAACGCUUGACAACACAGACAGCAUAGAAAUCACCCCAGACAAUAAACCAGCUUGUUGCCUUGACUACGCAAAGUUUCAAUAUGGUGGUAGCUUCAACAACUCCCAGGUGGAAGAUGUCAAGAAAUUAGGGAAGAUAAUCUGUGUCUUCCUCGCGUUUAUACCCUAUUGGAUGGUCUAUUUUCAGCUUGUUGCGGCCUGGUUUUCUCUGUUUGACGUCAUAUUUGUAAUCCUACUAAUUCCCCUAGUAGAUCGUGUCUUGUACCCCAAACUGGCCCAGUGGGGGCGUCCCAUCACCAUGGUAACACGUAUCUAUGUUGGUAUGUUCUUUGCCUGCAUUGCUGUAGUCUUAGCUGGUGUGGUUGAAAACCAACGGUUGAAACAAAUCUACGUGUGUGAUCAUGAUGGGCAACAGUUCUGUAGGAACUUUACAAUUACUCAGAUAAUUGGUAAUUCAUCUUAUGAUGCAGCUGAUAUGAGUGUGUUUUGGCAGGUUCCUCAGUAUGCUCUCAUUGGUGUCAGUGAGGUGUUUGCUUGUGUAGCUGGUAUAGACUUUGCCUACCAGAUGGCACCACGAUCAAUGAAGGGGAUCAUUAUGGGACUGUUUCACUUAUUCACCGGUGUCGGUAGUUUCCUAGGGAUUGGUGCUAUGUACAGCUUUCAGGACCAUUGGUUCUUUGGCAAUGAUUAUGGCGACAUAAACUGUCGAUCAUGUGACACAGAUACUGGACAUGUGACCAAACAGUGCCAUUUGGACUACUAUUUUUUCUUCCUGGGUGGCCUACAGUUGAUUGGGUUAUUGAUCUUCAUCUUUGUUGCUUGCAGAUUACAGUUGACGCAAGAUUUGAGCAAAGUAGCAUCCAAGGUCAACUGGCAAACACCAAAUGCGAUUCAAAGCAUUGUAGAAAAUGAUUCUAGCUAUUCCUCAAUGAACUCUACACGAAGUUCACCAUGCAAUAACACAUACGGACGCAAGUCUGAGAUUCGUGUAUCUAUCCAAAGGCAGCGAAGUGGGGACAACUCAUAGCAAUGAAACAUUCUAAUGUUAAUGAUGCUGCUUUAUCUUCGGUGAUAAUCUAUUGAAGUUUGCUUUUGUUCUGUUUAAGCCGAUCAGUUGUCUCAGAAAAGCUUGCACUAAAAAUUCUAGAUCUGCAUUAAAAACACAUCAUCUCUGAAUGGCUUGUGAUUUAGUAAUGUUGUAUGGUUGGUGGUGAUUUAAGCCUAAAUAUUUAUGUAUAUAAAACCGUGAAAACAUUUUAUUUGCUUUUGGUGAUCAAUUCCAAAUUAAUUACAAAUAUUUUGUGAACAUGCACUGUUGUGUAAAGAAUGCAAAUUUAUCAUGAUAUGCCUCUCACACAAAAUCAUUUCCUUUUCUUUUUAUGAAAAUAUUUCCCCCUGUCCACUGAUAGUGUUAACCUACUGUUUGAUGCAUUGCUGUACAUUAAAGCAUGCUAUCUUGCCUGAAUUUGUAGAGGCUUCUGUGACCUAUUUUGUAAAAACUGUAUAUUUUCUGCUUCCUCAACUCAUUUACAUGUAGCUGAUAUUUGACUAGAAUUAGUAAGUAACUCCACUUGUGUUUACAUUUGUUUUCAUUUCUGUUUCAGUUCAAGUCAAGCACACACAGAAUUUCUUCAAAUCUGUUUUUGUUAAAAGGGCAUUUGAUAUAAAAAAAAGCUAGAUAUGUUAAUUAAGUGGCCUUAAAGUCAAUAACUUUAUAACACUUAUGUUUCAAAUAAUAUUGGGACAAGAAACUAGUGGACUUUAUAUACAGGUUGUUAUAUACAUGUGAUUUUUAUAGACAAACUGUUGUUAAAUACAAGUGACCUUUAUAGACAGGAUGUUGUAACAUAUAGGUGACCUUUACAGACAGGAUGUUGUAACAUAUAGGUGACCUCUACAGACAGGAUGUUGUAACAUAUAGGUGACCUUUACAGACAGGAUGUUGUAACAUAUAGGUGACCUUUACAGACAGGAUGUUGUAACAUAUAGGUGACCUCUACAGACAGGAUGUUGUAACAUAUAGGUGACCUCUACAGACAGGAUGUUGUAACAUAUAGGUGACCUUUACAGACAGGAUGUUGUAACAUAUAGGUGACCUUUACAGACAGGAUGUUGUAACAUAUAGGUGACCUUUAUAGACAGGCUGUUUUUUAAUACAACUGGCCUUUAUAAACAGACUGUUGUCCCAUUCGGGUGAUCUGUAUACACAGGUUUCAAUGAAAUUUUGCGGAAACAUUUCCAUGCCCUAAGAUGAACCAAAAUUUUAAAUUAUACAGUCCCCACCCUCCAAGGGGCCUGAUGGGUGGGGCUAAAAGGGGUCAAAUUGACUUCAAUUUCAAAAAUCUUCUUCUCAAUACCCAGAUAUGGUAGAAUCAAAUGCUGUGUAUGAAUGGAAGCAUCUUAUGGUACUUUAAUAUACAAAAUGAGUCUCACAUUUCUUCCUGGGGAGGAAGUUACUUUUAUUGUAAUAAUUAUAGAAAAAUUGUACUUUUCAGCAUAACGGUGACCGCAAGUCCGCUACUUUUCUUGUUGUUAUAUACAGAUGACCUUUAUAGACAUGGUGUUGUUAUAUACAGAUGACUUUUAUAGACAUGGUGCUGUUACAGACAAAUGAACUUUAUUUGAUUUGAACAGAUUUAAUUGAAGGUUUUUUUUAUAGAUGAACAACAAAGGCAGUUCUUUAGCUCACCUGGUCUGAAGGACCAGUUGCCAUCGUCCAUCAUCCUUCUUUCGUCCAGUGUUGGUUGUGUCAUUUGUCAACAUUUUGAUAAAAUUGCUGCUUUUUAGCCAUGAAUGACUGAACAGAUUUUGAUCAAAUUUGGUCUGACACAUCCUUGGGGUAUAGGGAACCAAGUUUGUAAAAAAAUUGGUUCAAGGCCCAAAGGGGCUUGAGGGGCAGGGCCCAAAAUGGUAAAGUUCCUUAAUAUCCUGCUCCACUUGUAGAAAUGAUUGGAUUUGGCCCAAAAUUGGUCUGAAGCGUUCAUGAAUGAAGGGAAAUCCAUUUUAUAUUCCAUAUAAAUGAUAGGUUUAGGCCCCUUGAUGCAGGGCCAAAAAGUAGAAAAGAGAAAACUUUGGAUUUUUUUCUCAUUUGUAGAAAUACUUGGAUGCUGUUUCACUUUGGUCUUGAGCAUGCUUAGGGGAGGGGAAAUCAAUUUUGUGUAAAUUGUGAAUCAAUUCUUUUAAAUCCCCCUUGUGUGGGAGUUAUUGAAUUUUAUAGGUUUUAUCAGACUCAAAAUUCCUGAAGAGAAUUUAUUUUGUACAAACAGUGCAUCUAACACCCUUUCAUGGAAGGGGCAGUGCUAAUAGGGGAAGUAGGGGAAGCAUUUAAAGUAUUUUUAAAAAUUAAUUAAAUUAAUUUUAGUUUAAACAAUUUCAGCAAACUAAACGGGAUGAGCGAUACAGGCUUUUUGAACUUCUGUUCUAUUAACAUUACCAAGCUGAAGAAAAUAUUUGUAAAUAUUCAGCAUGAUGAUCCUCAAGUUUUGAUUUUCCUCAAAACAAACUUCAUGCAUUCUGGUAUUAUUUCAUUGUUUAAUAUAUCAUAAGAUUAUUAUUCAGGAAACGUUUUCCUUCAAGUAAUGAUG